AUGGCCAUUCAUGUCCCAAUAGCCAUGAUAAAGGUGGCCAUUCAUGUGCAUACCACAGGCUAUCUUAGGAAUGGAUUUCAUCUAUGGUUGGUGGAUCAAGGAGACAAUCACAGAAAAAGUGAAGUACAACAGAGAAUAAUGUUAGUUAAAGUGUUUUACAGUAAUACUUUUCUGUGUAAGUGUGUCCAUUCUGCAGCUACAAUACUAGAUAAAAACAAUCCGGUGAAGUUAAAAAGAGAGAUGUGGUUGGGUUACAGUAACAGAAAAGUUAUUAAGCUUCAUGGCAAGUACCUGACAUAUGUAAAUGACUGUUUCAUUAACCAUACUCUUUUCCACAAGGCGUUUAAAGAGGCAUUUGAAAUAUUCUGCGACAAGGGUGUUGCUAGAAGUUCAAGUGCAGAGUUACUUGCUACAUUUUGUGAUAAUAUUCUUAAAAAUGGUGGAAGUGAGAAAUUGAACGAUGAAGCCGUUGAGGACACGCUUGAGAAGGUAGUAAAGUUGCUUGCCUACAUUAGUGAUAAAGAUCUAUUUGCUGAAUUUUACAGGAAAAAACUUGCUAGGAGGCGUUGUUUGUACUUUGUGCAGUUAGCAAAUGUGAAGCAGCUUGUUGACCAUUACAGCUCCAAGCAUCCAAAGGAGAAGCCUCCAAGCAACUCUGAAUGA